UCCCAGGAAAGGAUUGGAUACACCUACAGGCAUCCACAUACGAAAUACAGGCUAUAGUCCCCAAAAUCCCUUGACGGAUAUUCAAAUAGAUAUGGAUACUGAAAUGCAUUCCACCCCAACGCCAACAAUGCGAUCGGCCAUCACUGUGCCUCGCCUUGGGAUUAUGCCAACCGCGGCGCCCCGAACACCAGCCGCAACCGCACCGUCAAGCACCGCUCGUAAUAGUAUUCGAGCAUCCGCAGCCGUUCCGUCUCCACCUGAGGCGCCCCAUCGCAUCCGAUGCCCCCUUUGUUGCCCCCCAGUUGCAGCACUGUGGGCUCUUCAAGGGCAUGUCGCCGACACAACGCUAGCAGGUUGCCCAGGCGCAUGGGCAUUGCAACAAUUGUCUGGCACAUACACACACGACGCAGGAAUGCGACUCCGGUGCUUUGUGCCAAAUGUGUGGCAGGCAGCAUCACACGUUGCUUCACCGUACUCCGAGGCGAGAGGUCAGUUGGCAGCCUGCCCCACGGAUCCGCGGUGCAAACCGACCGCAGCAAGCCAAUCGUGUGGCACGUCGCCAAAGAGCGGCACCCCGAUCGGAGUCCCGUCCAUGGCGUCAGCACAACGUAGCACCGACUAG